GUUCAACCGAAACCAUAUCAGCUUCAAUUAACCCUUCUUUUCCAAUCUCAAGAACCCACCUGUGUUCCACUUUUCUAUUCCUUAGAUUUUAUUCAGAAAGUUGUCGCAUUUAUAAGUGACCUUUGUAACUAGAUUUUUGGUUUUUUUUUUUUUUAUUUCUGUAAUGAAAACCCUGGAAGCAGAAACCUAUGGAGUCUUCACAAAUUGAAGUACUUGGCAUCUAUGUCAAUCGUCUGUGGGAUUCCCAUUCUUGAAUGUGUAUACUGUCUUGCAUGUGCACGAUGGGUUUGGAAGAAAUGCCUCUACACUGCAGGCCAUGAAAGUGAAAACUGGGGUCUAGCUGAUGUUGAAGAAUUCAUGCCAGUUCCACGCCUUUGUCGCCUAAUCUUAUCAGUAUAUGAAGAUGAUAUUCGAAACCCAAUUUGGGAACCCCCUGGAGGUUAUGGAAUCAAUCCUGAUUGGCUUGUCCUACGGAAAGACUAUGAAGAAACACAAUGUCGUGUGCCUCCUUAUUUGAUUUACCUUGAUCAUGAGAAUAAAGAUAUUAUUGUGGCUGUUAGGGGACUUAACUUGGCAAAGGAAGGUGAUUAUGCUGUUUUGCUUGAUAACAAACUUGGGCAGACAAAGUUUGAUGGUGGAUAUGUUCACAAUGGAUUAUUGAAAGCUGCUGAGUGGCUUUUUCAUGUAGAAUGCGAAGUAUUGAGAGGUUUGGUUGAGAAUAAUCCUGACUAUACAUUGACAUUUACUGGGCAUUCACUAGGGGCAGGGGUGGUGGCAUUAUUGGUUUUGGUUGUAAUACAGAAUCUGAACAAGUUGGGUAACAUUGAGAGGAAAAGGAUCAGAUGCUUUGCAAUGGCUCCUGCAAGAUGCAUGUCAUUGAAUUUGGCUGUGAGAUAUGCGGAUAUUAUCAAUUCUGUUGUGCUACAGGAUGAUUUCUUACCUCGGACAACUACAGCUUUGGAAGAUGUUUACAAAUCACUUUUCUGUUUGCCAUGCUUACUUUGUAUAACAUGUCUGAAGGAUACAUUCACUCUAGAGGAGAAGAUGCUUAAAGAUCCAAGACGACUAUAUGCUCCUGGCCGGCUAUACCACAUUGUGGAGCGAAAACCUUUGAGGGUGGGAAGAUUUCCCCCAGUUGUGAGGACUGCAGUCCCAGUGGAUGGGAGGUUUGAGAACAUAGUUCUUUCCUGCAAUGCAACAUCUGACCAUGCCAUUAUUUGGAUAGAGAGAGAAUCCCAAAGGGCGCUUGAUUUGAUGCUGGAGAAAGAUUGGAUUAUGGACAUUCCAUCAAAGCAAAGAAUGGAACGGCAGGAGUCCCUUGCUCGAGAACACAGUGUGGAGUACAAGGCAGCUCUUCAAAGAGCUGUUGUUUUGGAUGUCCCUCUGGCUUACUCUCCUUCUCAGUACGGAACAUUCCAUGAAGGGGAGACUUCAGGCAGAUCAAGUGAGCAUGAGCCAUUCUUGUCCUCUAAGAAAUGGAAGGAAAGUUGGGAUAGAUUUGUAGGGCGUCUCUUUGAUGUUGAUGAGUCCGGGAAUAUGGUUUUCAAGAAGCCAGUCACUUAGACUCACAAAGUUGAUAUCGUAAAUAGCCUGGAGAAACCAUUUUUUGAUCAUAUGAACUGUGAAGCACAGUUUUUGGCCUUAAUGAUUGUAAAGAACAUGAAUUUUCAGUUUCAUCAUCAACUGUAUAUUUUAAAAGGAUUCUCAUGUACAAAUUCCAAUGUGCUAUCCCACUGAAUUAGAAAUCAACGGGCCAUGAUUCGGAUAA